AUGCCCAAACGCGCAGAUAAAAUAGGUUCACUCUUAUUCUGCCCAGACUGCGGCACGCUGCUCAAUUUGCCCCAGGAUGGUGACCUCGAGGUCCCUUGCGAACAAUGCGGAUACAAGGAGCCUGCUAGCUGCUUCACACGGCGUGCAGCGUAUGAAAACAUUGAAAUUGUCACUCGGUCGCACCCGGACGCCUUCCCUUCGCCGCUGCUCCAGAAGCGCAAGACGCAGACGAGGGUACACGAUGCUAACGAAGCCCUGCUUAAGGUGACCGAGAAAUGUCCGGAGUGUGGACACAUGGAAGCGUACUCGCAAGAAGCUCAGUUGAGAAGCGCAGACGAGGGUUCUACCAUAUUCUACACAGUGCGUAUUCCCAUCCGCAUGACAGCCCGUGCUGAUUGGCUUGCUCUCCCGCGCAGCAAACACGCGUCAUCAAAGCCCAUAUCAACCCUCCUCAGCCCGCCUCUCUCUCUUCAGCCUGCACCACCACCACUACCACCACCGCCCCUCGUACCCUCUGUUGCACGUCUCAUCAGGAAUCCGAAAGGUAUUAUUUUGCGCAUGUCUGCCUCGCAAAAGCUGCAACAACACCCUGCUUUCACGCAGGCUCAAGACAAGGCCAGCUACUAUAUCUCCCAGCUUGACAAGGAGCUGUCAAAACACUCGAUUUUCAAUACAUUUGAGCAGCGUACACAGGUGCCCAAGAGCUAUGCCUUCAUUGGUGCGGUUCUGGUGCUCUCUGUCUUCCACUCCAUCAACGCCUCUGCCGCCCCGGUCUCUAACCUCAUCGGAUGGGCGCUGCCCGCUUUCCUCUCUGUGCGAGCGCUCGAGUCGCCGGGUCACCAGGAUGACAUUCAGUGGUUGACGUAUUGGGUCGUGUUCGGGUUCUUCAACUUUAUGGAGAGCUUUGCGCUGCGGGUUGUGCUCUACUACUUCCCGUGGUACUUUGCGUUCAAGAGCGUGUUCAUUCUCUGGCUGCAGCUGCCUGCGUUCCGUGGCGCGCAAAAGUUGUAUGGAACGGUGGUGAAGCCGGUGUUCGUGAAUGUGCACCACAAGACAAGCGGGUUGUCGGAUGCGACGGUGACGGCAGAUGGGUUGCGUGAUCGUGUUGCGGUCGCGACGGAGUGA